AAAUGACACUAGCACACAUUUUUCAGACAAUUUGGGACUUUGGGACGAAAGACUCUGUUUUGCAGCCUAUUUGGGACUACGUGCGACUCAACCACUCAGAGACCCUCCGGUCUCCUCUCUUUCCAGUGGUUCUUACCGUAUCGUCAUAUUUUGUUCUUGUCCUGCCGUACCUUUCUUGUGAUAUCUUGGGAAGGAAGUGGCCAGCCAUUUACCGCUACAAAAUCCAACCUGACAAGCUGCCAACAACUGCAAUGCUCCUUCACUGCAGUGGAGUGACUCUUUAUAACCACAUCCUUCUGGUGAUUCCAGCAGCAGUCGCACAGUGGAUGUGGAGACCUCCGAUUCCCCUUCCCGAACAAGCACCUACUUUACUAGAACUGGUUGGUGGAGUAACUGGAAACCUUCUUCUUUUUGACUUGCAGUAUUUCAUCUGGCACUUCUUGCACCAUAAGAUUCGCUGGCUGUAUGUGACUUUCCAUGCCAUCCAUCAUAAUUAUUCUGCCCCCUUUGCUCUGGCCACACAGUGCCUUGGAGGAUGGGAGUUGGUGACGGUGGGCUUCUGGACCACCCUCAAUCCCGUCCUGCUGAGGUGUCAUCUGCUCACCACCUGGAUGUUCAUGGUGGUCCACGUGUACGUGUCUGUGGAAGACCACUGUGGAUACGAUUUCCCUUGGUCCACAUCUCGUCUGAUCCCAUUUGGUGUUUAUGGAGGUCCGAGCAAGCAUGAUGUGCACCAUCAGAAGCCUAAUACUAACUUUGCACCUCAUUUUAGUCACUGGGAUAAAAUGUUUGGCACUCAUGCUGAUUUUAGAUUUUCUAAACCUCGGGAAUGA